CCUUGUCGCAUAUAAAUAAUUUAAGUUAAAACAAAUUUGUUUGGAAGAAACCCUGAUCUUUGUGGGACCAUGAGAACAUGAGGAAAAUGUGGCGACUGAACGGUUUGAAUGACGUCACAUCUCACGGUGUUUUGGAGCUUCGAGAACCUUGAUCCUGGUUUUUACGUCUGCCGAUUAGCAGGAUUUAAAAUAAAAAAUUUUGACAUUUUUAAAAGCUGAAAGUGCAAAACUGAGGUCUAGUGAAGUGACGACUCCCUCCCACUCCUGGCUGUGAUGAGGCAGCUUGCCAACGCAGGGCACAUCAGCCCCAAACAGAAGGCAUUAGCCUCUGUGGCUCAGUCAUCAGACACCGGAAGGCCUCAGAGUAACUUCAGCAUGCAUCCAAACCAGCCACUGUGUCUCCCUGUGCUCUCGUUGAGUAAUAAGUUUUUAUGGGUUCUCUUGCCCCAGAUUGACCUAAAGCCAGAUGCAGCGGCAGAGCUGGACAAAGCCUUCAGUAAGUUUCCAUAUCUGACGCUCAAGCAGACCAAUGCGCUGGCGCAGCGCUGCUCCCUGCACCCACAGCUGGUGAGGGUGUGGUUCAUGGCACAGAGGGUCUGCUAUGGUAUCAGCUGGGACUACACAGACAUCCGGGAAGCCAGGAAACACUUCAAAUCCCUUCACAAAGAUGGCGGCGAAGAGCGAUCAAACGGGCCGAAUGGAGAGAUGGGUAAAGGAGGCAAGAAAGGGAGUCAGAAGGAUGUGGAAAGAGGGUCAGGUGGAAAGAAAUGGGUGAGUGCUAAUAGGAAGAAAACAAAGAUCAAAGAAGUCAAAGCCAGUGUUCCACAAAAACAGAAAGAGGAAACGAUAGCUGGAAGCAGAAAGAGGGGGGUGGGCAAAGAAGACGAUGCUGAAAAAGCAGCAGAAGAUAAGAGAAAUGAGAAUGAGAAUGAAAGGCUAACAGGCAAGUCUGAAGGAGGAGUUCUGACCAGGGGGAGAAAGAAAUUAAAGAAAGAAGAGGUGAACCCCCCCCAUGAGAGUCCCGUUGUGUCUGGGAUCCGUCUAGGUGCCAGUCCACCGAUCAGACGUCCAGUACGAACCCUCAGAAACACCCCAGCAUCUGAAAUGGACCUGGACAGAGCUGACGUUUCCUCCAAGAACAGCAGCCUUGACGAAAAAACAGACUUGUUGGCCAGUCUGGACGAAGAUCCCCAUGCCGAUGCUACCGACCUAAACAUUUUGGUCACAGAUGAGGACAAACUGAAGGGGCUAGACACCACCGACAACAGUGGUGUUACUGCAGACGACCCACCCGCUCCGAUCAAAGAUGAAGGCCAUGUUGCCGACAUAAAUGCUCCUCCCGCUCCAGCCUGUAUGAAAGCAGAGAGGCCGGAUCAGCUGGAGAAGUUGCGUGCGGCUUUCCGUGACUGUCAGUACCCAGACAGCGCGCAGUACGACUUGCUGUCAGAAACGACCGGAAUCUCCCGCAACUGGCUGGUCCGGUGGUACGGGGACACACGCUACGCCAUCAAACGAUCAAAGCCUCGCUGGAUGAAUGUAGAGGACUACAAACAGAUCCUGGCUAACAUCAAGUAUCGCCAGUUCCUGGGCUCACUGUGCAAGUCGGUGCUGAGUCCAGCAGGCCUGAAGACCCCACCGCAGGACUGAAAGCUGACUAAUAGCUACAGGAAGUUGUUUUAGACGUUCUUCUGAGUUGUUAUACUUUUAUUAUAAUUACAGUUCCAUCAAAACAUUCAGAACUCACAAAAUAGAUACAAUGCUUUUCUUAAAGUUACCCUUUCAAAUGAAAACAAAGAUCAUUCUGCAAGAAAAAAAAAAGCAUAAAAAAUAAACAGCUGAGGGUUGUGGUAUACACUAUUGCACAAAAACACUAGACAAAGAUUUAUACGCUCAUUCUUGUCCAGCUUAACUAAGUUUAGUUGAAUCUUUGUUGGUCAGAAGGUUACAAACUGCCCUUCUCUCACUUCUGGUUGGUUUAACCUGAUUUGGUGUUUUAAUGAUGCCCAUAAAAUGGACUCAUCGUUUCCAGUUGGUGACGUACUCUGCCCUCUGCGGCUGCCAGAGCUCGGCUCCUUCGAUGACGCGACGCAGAACGGAGGCGGAGGUGAUGAGCAGAUGCCCGGCGGUUUGAAGGACGGUGGAGACGACACGCAGAAAUUCUCUGAAAACCAGAACAGUUCUGUUAGCCGGCUGUUAAAAAAAACAAAAAAAAGUCAAUGUAUUCAAGUCAUUUUUGGUGAGAAAAAAGAAAAAAGUUGGACCAACAGUUCACGACUGACGUUAAUGAUCUUAUCUACCGUUU